CUUUUAAAAAAGAAUAAAUACUACCAAAGGACAUAAACUAUAAAAUAUAAAUCAGUUAUAAAUCCUGGUAACAGCCACUAUUAGUCUUGGUGUAUAUUUUUCCAGAUGUUUUUCUAAAAGUAUAUAAACUUAUUCCCCUCUCAUACCCACAAAAUAGAAAUUACUUUCUAUUUAAUAAUUAGAAAAAUAAAUUAGAAAUUAGAAAGACCUGCUAGUUUCAUUUUGAAAAAAAAAAAAAAACUAAUUAGAAAAGCUACUCAAAGGAUAAAAUAGUAUAAAACAAAUACAGUAAAAAGACAUAUGGUGAAGAAAAAGAUACUAAAAAAAGAAUAUUAAAGAAUUAUAUGUAAAUCAUAUUUAGUUAAAAGACUAUAUUUAAAAAUGGUUUGGGGAAAAAUUAAUCACUUCAGCUAAAAGGAUGUCUCUCCCAGAGGCGCAUGGCAGCGAGAGCUGCAGUUCUGAGUUCAUGGCUCACAGCUCCACCAAAACCAAAAUCAAAACCAAACACGCUGCCAUGGACUCGAUUCCGUCUCAUGGCGAUCCCAUGUGUUACAGAGUAGAACUAAGCUCCAUAGGGUUUUCUUGGCUGUAGUCUUUAUGGAAGCAGACUGCCAGGCCUUUCUUCCGUGGUGCCACUGGUGAGUUUGAACCUUCAACCUUUCGGUUAGCAACUGAUCACAAACUGCUUGUGCCAACCAGGGACCUUUACAGCCCCACACACAGGAUUAAAGGGGAGAGACCUUCAGAAGAGGCACUUUAGACCAGACCUUUAAGACCUCCACAGAGGUUCAUCUUGUAGUCAUCUUCCGGGCCUUGGGGUCGUCUUCAGGGCAGAGAGAGACACAAACCAUAACUUCAGCGUAACCCUGGUUUUGAUUUAUUCGUUUGUGUUUUUGUCUUCCUUUUCUUCUUCUUGUUCUUUUUUUAACCUGAUUCUAAGCCUUCCCAGCUCAAAGCCUGCAAAAUAUCUUCCACUUAUUCCUGAAUCGGUGUCCCCGAGUGGUGCAAACACUUAACAAACAUGCUUGGCUGCUAACCAAAAGGCCGGUUGGAGGCUUGAGUCCACCCAGAGGCAUCUCAGAGGGCUCGGAGAUGUACUGUCUAACCAGUGCCUGGCACUUAGAGGCCUUCAAUAAAUAAUUACUGAGUUUAACGUUUGCUCUCUCCAGCAAGCUGGUAACGUCCUCGAAGGCAGGAAUCUUAUAUUCAGUAGGGCCCCGAUGACAGAACAAGGAAUCGGCUGGGUCCCUGCUCUCCAGGAGUUCACAGUUCAGUGUAGACGGGUAAGACAAUAACUCGUCCAUUUAACAAGUAUUUUUCCAAAAUCAGUACAUGUGUACAAAGUGGAAAAGAUGAGGCAAGAGUGGUAAUUCCCUGGCUCCAGACAAAGUUGCAGGAUUGAUUAGGGGGCAGGGUCGAAGACAUCCUUUGACCUUUUCAUUGGUUGUCGCGGACCCUGCCUCCUAAGACCUCACCAAUUUGCGACGCCUGCUGGGAGCCUCGCAGCCUGCAGACAGCCAAUCAAAAGCGCCGAUGGAGGGAGUGUCGAGACGCUGACGCGAAUUACCGCCCAGCGAAAAAUGUCGCAGUUCCGACUGCCCAGUGGCGGGGGUUGCAAGGCGUCCGGCGGCUGAGUGCCGGCAGCUAUGGAGGACGAACAACCUGACAGCCUGGAGGGCUGGGUGCCGGUCCGCGAGGACCUCUUCGCCGAUCACGGGCGGCACCAGCUGCGCUUCCUCGUGGCCUGGAACGCUGAGGAGGGCAAGUUCGCCGUGACUUGUCACGACCGGACGGCGCAGCGGCGGCGGCGGCGCGAGGGGAGCCCGCCGGGCUCCGAACCAGGACCUGAGCGGGAGGCCGCCGCGCCCCUGCCCAGCUGGGACGCGCUCUUCCCGGCCCAGGGCGGCGCCGCAGACUGUGAGAGCCUGCGCGAGUUCCGGGAGCGGUCCCUGCGCGCGCGGUGGACCGAGGCGGGCGCGCGGCUGCGCCAGGUUCUUCAAGGUCAUGAAAAAGCCAACACAAUGGUAGCAUUAAUGACAGUUUAUCAAGAGGAAGAUGAAGCAUACCAGGAAUUAGUUAUUAUGGCAACCAUGUUCUACCAGUAUUUACUGCAGCCAUUUAGGGAUAUGCGGGAAGUUGCAACUUCACGUAAACUUGACAUUUUGAAAUCCUUGGAUGAGGAUGAUCUGGGUCCUAAAAGGGUAGCUGCCCUGCAGAAGGAAGCCAAAGAAUGGACUAGACGGGCUGAAGAAGCUAUAGUCUCUAUUCAGGAUAUCACAGUGAAUUAUUUUAAGGAAACAGUAAAGGCAUUAGCAGGAAUGCAGAAACAAAUGGAACGGGAUGAAGAGAGAUUUGGCCAAGUUGCCUGGGCUGCAGUAACUCCCAGGUUAGAAAAACUCAAGCAGAUGUUAGCUCGAGAGACUCUGCAACUCAUGAGAGCCAAAGAGUUGUGUUUAAAUCAUAAAAGAGCUGAAAUUCAGAGAAAGAUGGAAGAUCUUCCAGAACAAGAAAAAAAGAUAGAUGUUGUAGAUGAAUUAGAAAUACGAUAUUAUGAAGUUCAAUUAGAACUAUAUGAGGUUAAGUUCGAGAUAUUAAAAUAUGAAGAAAUACUGCUUAUUACACAGUUGGACUCUAUUAAAAGACUUAUAAAAGAGAAACAGGAUGAAGUUAUCUAUUAUGAUACAUGUGAAAGUCUGGAGGAACUUAAAGUCAUUGAUGAAGUAUUGGGGCCACCGAAGGAAAGGAACUCGGAGGUGAAAAAACUCUGCAGGCAGUCCCAGCAGCUGGAGUCCAAACGAGGCAGGAUCUGCGCUAGAAGAGCCUAUCUCAGGAACAAAAAGGAUCAGUGCAAAGAAAAUCAUCGGCUCAGAUUGCAGCAGGCUGAAGAAAGUACAAAACAUUUUCAUCAGCAUCAUAGUACUGAGAUGAAAAGAGUCAAGAUAAAAGAAGAGGAGCAAAAGAAAAAAGAAUGGAUAAAUCAAGAACGCCAAAAAACACUCCAGCGAUUAAGAGCAUUUAAAGAGAAAUGUCCAGGUCGGUCUGUACUAAAAAAUUCUUGCUCAGAACCUGUGACUCCAAACCUGCCAGGUGAACUUUCCCAGCAGGCAUCCCCGCCGGCUUCUCAGACUGUGUCAGUAAUUCAUCCGUCGUCUAAGAAAACCAGAAGUACUCCCUCAUCUAAAGUUAGUAAUGUGAAAAGCCCCAGGUGUCAAGACUAUCCUGGAAAUAUCCCUGUCCAGAAUUUUGUUCCAGUUGGUGACCACACACACUCCAAAUCCAGUGAGGAAUUGUCACUGCCAUCACCUCCUCCUCCACCCCCACCUCCUCCUCCACCCCCACCCCCUCUCCCAUCACCUCUUCCUACUCGGCCCUUUUCUUCUCAAUCUGUAACUCAUCGGAACCUACACUUCAGGACUUCAGUAAAAGAUGAUCAGCCACUUCCUCUGGUCUGUGAAUCACUUCCUGAGAGACCGCGUGAUUCCUCUGAAAGUUUUAAAUGCUCAGGAUCUAUGGAUGAAGUGUUGGCCUUAUUAAGGAGUGGCAAAAGCCCUCUCCAGAAAGUGGACGUGCCCACUUUGCCCUCUCCCCGCACCUCAGUCAAUGAGCACCUCCUGGCUGCCAUUAGGCAAGGAGUCAAACUGAAGAAGGUUCACCCAAACUUGGGCCUGAGCCCCAGCCACAAACCACCCACCGACCUUGAGAGGAGCAUCAAGGCGGCUCUCCAAAGAAUUAAGAAAGUGUCUGCUGACUCCGAGGAGGAGGAUGGCAGUGAGCAGAGUUCCAGUGAGUGGGACCAAUAGGCUCUUCUCCAAGGACAGGGCACCCACCACAGUGUGCUUGAAUGAAGAAAGAGGGGCUCAAGCCUUUUCUUGAAAAGCAUAUAUACAGGCUGCUGUCAGACUGGCCACAUAACAGCCUGAAAGAUCUACAGGGUUUUGUGUGUGAUGUUGCAGCUUUUAUUUGAUGUUGUGGCUCUUAAAAUCGGGGAAGGAAGUAGAGGAGACGUGUUGACUUCCCCAUGCAAAGCCAGAGUUGGAAUAUAAAAGCCCACAGAAUGUCUUGCUGGCCUAAGAAAAUAGUAUUUAUAUUUCACCAUGGAUAAUCUAGAAUCGUUCCCUGAUUCUGAAAAAAGUUUACAUUAUUAUGGUAAACAGCACUAUUAGACUACUGACGGUGCUCCGUGUGUGUGGAAUAGUUGUUUCCUCAGAUUUAGAAGUUACAAUGUGAACAUUAUUUUAGCAAUAAUCAGAAUAAAUUGCUUAUAUUCAGAAAUUAUUUUAAAUAUUUUAAAUUUAUUUUCUGUAUCAGGCACUCUAUAAAAUCAUAAUAAAGAACUAUUUAUAAUGUAUCAGUGUAUUUCAUGAGGAAAUGAAAAUAUAAUAUCCUAACUGAUGUAAUCAAUUCCCUAUGGUUUGCAAAGCAAAACCGUCCCUGCCUGGGUAGGUUUAAAAUUUCUAAUAAGAUUUCAGCUAAAUAAUUUGUUUAAGCAAAUAGUAAGGAUGGGGGAAUAGCUCUUCCCCUCAGGAAUUGAGGUUUCAUGCUGGAUAUCUCUUCCCCUCCUUGCUUCAGGUUAAAGUGAGGAAGGGGAAGGGAGCCAGUACAAGGCAGUCUGCUCUUUUCUCUAAUUGUCCGAAGUGUCCCCAAUGACAUCAUA